AUCUGCUGCUGCUGCUUUGAUUCAUGAAAUCACACCAAUAAUCUUUCAUCUCAAAUCACUUCAAUUGAUCAAUAAUUCCAACUUUUAAAUCAUUUGUAAUCAUGGGAAAUCAAAAAGAUUUGAUCCAAGUUUUGUGUAUUGGGACUGCUGAUACGAAGUUUCAAGAAUUGUUAUAUCUUUCUGAAUCUGUUCACUCAAAUCUCACUGCAUUUUCCCUUAAUUCUACAUCAAAGGUACAAGUUGUAGUUGUAGAUGUAUCAGUUGGACCAAAUGAGAUAAGCAACUUUAAGGAUUUUAAGUUUGUGUCGAGAAAGGAGCUUCUCUCUAGCUACUUUAAAUCUGAAAACCAACCCGAAACUCAAAUUCCAGAUGUUAGAGGUGAAGCCCUUGCAAUUAUGGGUAAAGCACUCACUUUAUAUAUUAAAAGGGCUCAUGAACAUGGUGUUCUUGCUGGUGUUAUUGGGCUCGGUGGCAGUGGAGGGACCUCAUUGUUGUCAUCUGCUUUCAGGUCUUUGCCACUUGGAGUACCGAAAGUUAUUAUAUCGACUGUAGCCAGUGGUCAGACCGAACCUUAUGUUGGAACGUCUGAUUUAGUUUUGUUUCCGUCUGUGGUGGAUAUAUGUGGUAUUAAUAAUGUGAGCCGCGUUGUUUUGUCUAAUGCUGGUGCUGCUUUUUCUGGGAUGGUUUUGGGACGGCUUGCGGGUUCAAAAGAAUCUUCUAGUGAUGAUAAGUUUACGGUUGGUUUGACCAUGUUUGGGGUUACAACUCCAUGUGUGAAUGCAGUCAAAGAAAGAUUGAAUAAAGAAGGUUACGAGACGCUGGUUUUUCAUGCAACUGGAGUUGGAGGCAGAGCUAUGGAGGAUCUCGUUAGAGGAGGAUUUAUACAGGGUGUUUUGGACAUUACAACAACAGAGGUUGCGGAUCAUGUGGUUGGAGGUGUUAUGGCUUGUGACGAAUCCCGUUUUGAUGCAAUAAUAGAAAAGAAGAUUCCUUUUGUUCUUAGUGUGGGAGCCUUAGAUAUGGUAAACUUUGGUGUCAAGAAUACAAUACCUACGAGUUUUCAGCAGAGAAAAAUAUUUGAGCACAAUGAACAGGUCUCACUGAUGCGAACCACAGUGGAGGAAAACAAGAAAUUCGCUGCCUUUAUUGCUCGAAAGGUGAACAAAUCAUCAUCGAAGGUUUGUGUUUGCCUACCAGAAAUAGGCAUUUCUGCUUUGGAUGCACCUGGAAAGCCUUUCUAUGAUACCAAUGCCACUGGUGCACUUAUAGGGGAACUAAAGAGACUAAUUGAGACUACAGAAGAUAGGAAGGUGAAGGUUUACCAAUAUCACAUCAAUGACACUGAGUUUGCGAAAGCUUUGGUUGACUCAUUUUUAGAAAUACAUAAGAAACCUACCAAUUCUAGUCCGAAACAAAGGGUUAUUGAACCUGAUCAAGGCACUCCCUCUCAGACUUACAAGACUAUUAACUAUAACUUAACCAACUUCCCUGAUGCAAAGCCAGAGACUUUGCAAAGAACUCAGAGUGUGUUACAGAUGUUGAGAUACCAAAUACUGCAAGGAAAGCCAAUAAUAGGAGCAGGUGCAGGAACAGGCAUAUCUGCCAAAUUUGAAGAGGCGGGUGGCGUUGAUCUCAUUGUGUUGUACAAUUCAGGGCGGUUUCGGAUGGCAGGAAGAGGUUCCUUAGCGGGAUUGUUACCGUUUGCUGAUGCAAAUGCUAUUGUGGUUGACAUGGCUAAUGAAGUACUGCCCGUAGUCAAAGACGUAGCUGUUCUUGCUGGAGUUUGUGGAACUGAUCCUUUUCGCAGAAUGGAUUACUUUUUAAAACAGUUGGAAUCGAUUGGAUUUUGUGGUGUUCAAAACUUUCCGACUGUUGGCCUGUUUGAUGGUAAUUUCAGGCAAAAUCUUGAAGAAACUGGAAUGGGAUACGGCUUGGAGGUUGAGAUGAUAAGUAAAGCUCAUAAAAUGGGGCUUUUAACAACACCAUAUGCUUUCAAUGAAGAUGAGGCCAUUGAAAUGACAAAAGCUGGAGCAGAUAUUAUUGUAGCACAUAUGGGGCUCACAACCUGCGGUUCAAUUGGAGCAAAGACAGCCGUCUCAUUGGAAGAAAGUGUAAUCCGGGUACAAGCUAUUGCUGAUGCUUCUCAUAAAAUGAAUCCUGGUGUGAUUGUGCUUUGCCAUGGAGGUCCUAUAUCUGGUCCAGCUGAAGCAGAAUUCAUAUUGAAGAACACUAAUGGAGUUCAUGGAUUUUACGGGGCAUCAAGUUUGGAAAGAUUACCUGUUGAACAAGCUAUAAAAGGAACUGUUCAGCAAUAUAAAUCUAUAUCCUUGGCGUAGAAGUAUACUCGCUUGCAGAAGCAGGAUGACAUGCAUUUCAUUCCGCAUAUCAGAAACUUUGUAAUGCACGUCUAGUUCUGUCUGUAUGUAGAUUUACAGUUCAUACAUGAAAAGUUGUAACUGUAUAUGCCAUAUUAAUACGCUUAUCUCACAGGUUCUGCGACUCCACCGUAGUUCAUAGUAAUUCAAAUAUUCAUGAAUAUCAAUAUAUCAUACUUUAUUUAGGAA